AUGGGGGUACGUUUGAGAGCAUGGACGCAAUGUGGGUGUGUGGGAUGCUGGGCGCUGGACGUAAAACGCGUGCGGGCUUUGGAUGGGGGAUGUCAAGAAGAAGCGCUAGCAGAGGCCAGCGGCUCCGGAGCCGCCGAUCCUCGCGCAGCUCGGCUCAAGGCCUGGGUUCUGGAGCACAGUAAAACAUUGCCGACGCAGCUGACACCCGUGCAGCGAAGCGAUGGCUCGUACUCUCUCGUCGCGGACGAGCCCGUACGCCGCGGCCAGAUUCUCGUACGCGUUCCUCGCCGGCUGCUGAUGAGCCAGGACACGGCACGCGCCAGCGAGGCAUGUGGUCGUACAGUACGGGAGGCGGGUUUGAACGAGUGGCAGUCCCUCAUUUUGCACCUGCUGUGUGAAAGGGCUUUGGGUUCUCGAAGCUUCUGGGCUCCCUACCUGGACACUCUGCCCCAAGAUAUGUCGUUCCACCCCCUGUUGUGGGGCCCCGACC